AUUUCUAAAAACCUGUUUUUGCUUUGUCAUUAUGGGGUAUUGUGUGUAGAUUGAUCAGGAGAAAAAAAGUGAUUUCAUCAAUUUGACAUUAAGGCUGUAACAUAACAAAAUGUUGAAAAAGUCAAGGGGUCUGAAUACUUUCUGAAGGGACUGUAUACUUAUUUACAAUGACGGAGGCAAAGAGGCAAAACUUGCCAGUUUGAGUGUGUUUUGCAGCUUGUUCCAGUCAAUAGCUGCACCGAACUGUAAAGAGCAGCGACCCAGGGAUGUGUGUGCUUUGGGGACCGUUAACAGAAUGUGACUGGCAGAACGGGUGCUGUAUGUAUUGUUUUAUAUAACCUUUAUUUAACUAGUCAGUAAAGAACAAAUUCAUAUUUUACAAUGAUGGCCUACCCCGGAAAAACCCUCCCCUAACCCUGAUGACACUGGACCAAUUUGUAAGCCCUAUGGGAUUCUCGAUCACGGCCGGUUGUGAUACAGCACGGGAUAGAACCUCACCAACCUAUGGACCCUGGGACGGGACCCUAGGACUGAACCCCUCCCUCUGCAACUUAACCACAAAGCACUACAGAGGUUGGUGUGGCAACCCAGUGCAUCACUGGGGCCAUGCUCCAGGACCUCUAUAUCAGAGGAAGGCCUGAAAAAUUGCCAAAGACUCCAGCCACCCUAACCAUAGACUGUUUACUCUGCUACUGUCUGGCAAACGGUAUUGGAGCACCAGCUCUCAGACCCGCAGGCUCAGUUAAAAAGCUGUUAAUUUUUGUCAGCCUGAUUUAGGCCUUAGCCGAUACUCGUUGGUGUAUUUUAAUUAUGACUACAUAUUAAAAGAUUUUUAAUUUGCAAACCCUCACGUGUGCCUGGACUUGGAAUUUUUUAUGCCACUUAACACCUAUUUGUGGUUAGAAUUUUUCCUUGAAACCAAGAUCAUGUAUAUGCUGCUUUAGAAAGGAAAUGCAGCAAACCGAUAUGGCCUUUCUAAGGUGAGCGACAUUUAGUCUAUCCAUUUAGGACUGGCAGGGAUUUAUUUGAUGCUUGGGCUUCAGUGACACAAACACACACUGAAUGAAGCCUAGCCAACUGUAACAAGCCUAUGUUUUAAUGACAGCAGGUCCAGCAUUAUGCAAAUGAGCGUGGGUAGUGCAGCGGCAGCGCGAGGCAGAUUAGAGCUGUGCCUGGGAUCAGUGAGCACACGCGCUCUGUCCCCCUCUCUCUCAGAGCAACUAGUGCCUCUUUCUGUCUCUCCUUUCUCCGCUUUUCCUAUCUCUUUAGCUUUUCACUAGUUUUCCCUCAUUCUGUUGUUCCCGUCGGCGGAUGAUUAGUGUGUUUCUCUUUGAGAAGCAGCUCUGAUUUUCCUUUGUGUAAAAAAAAAAAAAAAAAAAACGAGCAUUCGCACGGACUCGCGCUGCGCGCACACCGCUCCGGUUAAACCAGCGCCGUUUCCUCUUUUCUAGUUAAACGGAAAUAAGAAUAAAGAAAAUGCAUCUUUACAAUUUCAUCGGUAUUUCCCCAUGUAAGCACACACUCCCCCGUAUGUUAGUAUUUGGUGUAUAGCAGUUAGAACGAGCGCUGGUUUGAGGUUUAGAGAGACCGGGCUGUAAGUAGGUCGGGCUGGGUUUAAGCGGCUUUAGCCUGCGUCAGCCUAAGCUGGGAGGAAUUCACCCAAAGCCCUCCGCGGUAGGCGGGGGCCUAAACGAGGCUGGCCUAGUUAAGCCUGAUUCUUAUUGUUGCCGUGUGUGUGUGUUGUGUAACACAGAGCAGAGAAGACCUCGAUGAGAGAGAGUACAUGCAGUUAGACAGAGACUGUUUGAUUGAGAAUCCAUGAAGGGGGAGAAAGAAGAGGGACAAGGAAGAGAGUGAGUGAGAGUUAAACCAGUAUUAGCCUGAUCCUCAUCACAGAACAGAAAGAAAGGGGAGGUAGAGAACCAGACCAAAUCUCAAAAGAAGGAGAGGAAAAUAAGCGAGAUAUUGUGUUGAGUUAGUGCUGGUGUCUAGGCCUGGCUCGGUCCAGUCUGGUUCCCUGGGCUAUGUUCUAAGAUGGCGUCUGGGUCCGUCUACAUGUCGUCCAGUAUGGUGGGUAAGGCUCGCUCCUCCAACUUCACCCUGUCUGAGAAACUGGACCUGCUGAAGCUGGUCCGCCCACACAUUCUCAUCCUGGAGGAGCACACCAACAAGCACGCUGUCAUCGUGGACAAGAACAAGUGCUGGGACACAGUGUCUGAUCAGUACAACGUCCUGGGGGGGGACAGGCCCCCCCGCACUGCCCAGGGCCUACGCACCCUCUACAAGAGGCUGAAGGAGUCGGCCAAACAGGAAGUGAUGCAACGGAGACACGCCCAGCCAGAGUACAGAGGAAGUAUAUCUGAACCAACCAGGAGAGUGAUGGAGAUGAUACCUCACCUUUUCCAUCACGGAGCUAUUCACCAUGAUAAAGACCCAUCGACGAUGCACAGGGUGAUGUAUAAGCAUGACUCUCCCAUGGAGCAACCUGGCAGCAGCUCCUCCCUCCCAGACUACCCAUCAAACCCCGUCACCCACCACCUGGACCAGGAUGUGGUCAGGCUGGACCAGGACGUGGACGUGAAGCCUCCUCCAGACCUGACUAUCCUCUCCACGCGUGUGGGGUUGGUGCUAGGAGGAGAGGGGGCGGAGGAGGAAGAUGAGGACUUGGGCAGUGUCCAUGGUUAUGACGGCUCCCUCUCUCCCUGCCCAUCCUCUGUCGUCCUGCCCCUCUCCACCUCACCCGUUCCACUGCAACGUGACCUUUACCUUCAUGACCACUACCCCAGCCGUGACCCUGACAGGCUCCGUCCCCUUCAGCUGGCCAAGGAGGAGCACGAGCAGGUCAUGACCAAUCACAGAAAGAUGGGCGUAUACCUGGAGGAGAAGAGGGAGGGGCUAAAGAGGAAGCAGGAACUGGAGGAGGAGCUUCUGAGAGCAAAAAUCAAAGUAGAGAAACUGAGGGCAGCCAGGCUGAGGCAUGGACUACCACUGCCCCUAUAACUAACACACCCAUGGUCUGACUGGACUGACCAUAUGGAACUCAGGAGGAGGCUCUGAACUGUUUCUAUGUCUGUGUUUAGUGUGUGGAAGAGGGGUUUGGCCUGAGAAAUCAUGUUUGUAUGAUGAACAGUGAGUUUGAGGGAGGAUUUAAAGGUCCAAUGCAGCCUUCUCAAUCUCAAAUCAUUUCUGGGUAACAAUGAAUUACAUUACUGUGAUUGUUUUCUAUUAAAAUGCUCAAAAAGA